AUGGCACGCCCCGGUAGCAACAGGGGUGCUCCCCUCACGGAUAGAGGUCUUCCCUCGAAUAGAAGGCAGAGAAGGCACACAUCCGAGAGUGGCUCCUUCGGACAGCAAGAAUCGAAAGGCACGAAAAUCGGCGUGAGCCUUAGCUUUGGAAUUCUGGGGCUCCUCAACAUGUUGUUGGUGACGUCCAUGGUCCUCCUGGUACAGCAGGAAAAAGGCCUAAAUGGACAAUUGCUAAGUAGUAGCAAAGGGACCUGCACAGAAUGGCGUCAAAGAAAACUAGCGGAAUCUUAUCCUAGGAGACCAAUAAACGAUGAAAUCGACGAAGACGACGACAUUGCUGACACGAGCAGCAGUCGUGGUAACUCUAAGCACGGCAGUGGGACUCAUUUGGAUGGGCAUUUUAGAAUGAACAAUGGAAAAGCAGAGCAUACAAAGAAUGAAAAUGCAAUCGAUUAUGUGCAUAACGAUAUAGCAGAGAGAUACGAACUACCUGAUUAUGACACGAUAAAGGAGAAUGAAAGGAGAAAGAAGGAGGAAUAUGAUAGCAACCCGUACGAAAUGAAGGAAAAUGAAUUCAUAAGAAGCAUAUCUGAGGAUGAAGUUAAUGAAACCAUUGAGAGGUUAGAAGAAUACGUAGAUGUGAAGGAGAUGUUUAUCAUUUGGAACUACGUCAAUGGGUUUGAAAGAACAAAAUACAUCAACAUGCAGAAAAAUAUCAUUGAAUACUGUGAAGAUCUUGCUUCUACUUAUAAUGUUUCGAGAAAGACAAAGGCUGAACAAUGGAUUAAGGUUUAUUACUACAUGAAGGAUGAGCUGUUUUACAUGGAGAGAAAAUUUUACAACAAGCUAUACAACUUUCUCGAGCAAGGGUCGAGCUCCAAGAGACUCUUUGUGGAGUUCAUUAAUCUGACGAAACUCUCCUGGAGAAACUUCCGAAGGAGUGUGAACAGCACAUGCAUGGAGAUGUUGAACUCGACCAUGACAGGGGCUUGA